AUGUUGAACAUUGGAAAAGUCUAUGGUGACAAGAGUGAUUUAGGAUUCAAUGGUAAUGAUCCUAGUGCUUCUAGUACCUCAACCAAGUUUAUCAAGGCAACUAUAUCGGGCCUUAAGGGAAAGCCUAAUCCAUCACCUAAGGAGAACACUAUGUCUUUGCAAGCUCAAAUUGAGCAACUGUUAAAUGAAGUCACCAAACUUAUUGCAAUCCCUCAAGCUCAAACCAACAAACCCAGAUCUAGUCCUGUGAAGAUAGGGUGA